AUGGAUGUUUGUCAUGCUUUGCAUCAAAGUCUGUUUCAACAACAAUACGAUGUUUCCACGCAUCAAUCCAACGAAUAUUUACAAGAACUGGGUAACAGAUUAAUUCUCUGUAUGGAUGUUCUUUAUGAUGAUGAAAUAGGAGGGUCUCGAAUAAUACAGCAUCCACAAAUGCCACAUCGUGGUCGGAUCUCUGAGUUUGAACAGGCUCAGUCAGCUGAAGGUCAGAUAGGUAGAACAGACAUUACAAACAUGGUAGUUUUGGCGCAAUCUCAUACGCAUGAACAUUCUUCAGUGCGUGAUGAUUAUUCUAAAUUUCAGGGACUGGACCGACUGGGAAUGAGCGUUGAUGAAUUUUCAGGUGGAUGGCUAUGGUUCCUCGGCAUUGCGCUGAGCCACCUGGGCAGCCUUUCUCAGCCAAGGUUUUUUGACGAGCCGAUUAAAUGGUAUGAGCAGGUGACCGGACGUCGUGUAUGGAUCAAAAUAGAAGGGCUGCAGCAACGCUCCGGUUGGUCGGUUAUAGUGGAAGCUACACGCAAAAAUCUCUAUGACGCCUUACAGGAUGCGGCAAUGCUAGCAGUUAUUACAAUGAGGAUGCAUUUCCCUCUUGAGUUUCAAGGAACUCCAUUCACGGUUCUACCCAUGAAGCCCGGACUGAGGAGCGAACUAGAUUAUCCUGCAAUCGGUGGAGGUGCUGAGGCUGCCACUUUUAUGGGGAUCAAUUAUGAUGAUGUGUUGACUCUUCAGAGGCAGCGUUUUGCGUCCCUCCGCCAUGAACGUCGGGAGUCCUAUGAAGCUUUGGAGGAGAACCUCCAAGAGAAAUUGCAAUCACUUGAAGUGGCUAGGAAGAUGUUGAAAGAGCUCCCUCCAACGCAGCAGAAUAAUCGAAGAAUUGCAGAUUUACUAAAGAUGGAUAAUAAGGUGGAAGAUCAUUUUUCUGUGAGAGACUGCGGUUGGUCUGUGUCAGUUUCAAACAAGAUGCAGAAGUCAGAGUCGUUGCAGGUGCCAUCCGAUCAGGAGGAGACACUGGCUGCAAGCUCCCCAGCAGUAUCGGUGCGGUCCAGGCUGUGAGAUCCAUCAGCUUAUUCUGGUCAAACUAUGAUUACAAUUCUACCUGUGUUGUAGAUGUAAUUGUUGUAUCCUUUGAGAUUUAGGGUCAUGACAUGGUGCCGUGAACUCUGUUA